GGCAGCAUUCAGUCUAACAAACAAGAGUGUUUGUGUGUAACCGACGCUCUCCUCCUGCUGCUGCUAUUGCUACUACGAGCCAGACUCUGGAGAAAAAGGGUCGGAAGCUUGCCACCAUUCACUCCCCAACCUGCUGCCCGGCGUCUGCCAGCAUGUGCCGGACACUGUCUGCAUUCCCCAGCACCUGUCUGGAAAGAGCCAAAGAGUUCAAGACCCGUCUUGGAAUCUUCCUUCAUAAAUCGGAAUUGGGGACCGAGAGUGGGACUGUCAGCAAGUUUGAGUGGGGCAGCAAACAUAGCAAAGAGAAAUUUGUUCCAGAAGAUGUGUUAGGAUGGAAGGAAUCCUUUGACCAUUUACUGAGCAGCAAAAGUGGCAUAGCUGCAUUCCGGGCCUUCCUAAAGACUGAGUUCAGUGAGGAGAAUUUGGAAUUCUGGCUGGCCUGUGAGGAGUUCAAGAAAAUCCAGUCAGCUACCAAGUUGGCUUCCAGGGCCCAAAGAAUCUUUGAAGAGUUCAUCUGUAGUGAAGCUCCAAAAGAGGUGAACAUUGACCAUGAAACAAGAGAACUCACCCAGAAGAACCUGCAAGGAGCCACAGCUACAUGCUUUGACGAGGCUCAAGGGAAGACGCGCAUUCUGAUGGAGAAGGACUCCUACCCUCGCUUCCUGAGAUCAGCAGCAUACAGAGACCUGGUAGAACAGGCCUGUGAGGCUUCUACCUCCCAGCCCAGCCGCCAUGCUGGAGAAUGCUCACACACCUGAGCAGCCUGGCUGUAGCCACACCUCUUGGAUGGGGCAGCUCUUUGGGGGAGGCAGGAGCUGCAAGGUAGUUGGGAAGGACAGAGAGAGGAAAAGCAGCUGGAGCCUCAUGUUCUGGACUCCAACUCUCCUGAAAAUUUUCAAACUAAACUGCUAACAAAGGGAAUCCUCCCCCCCUCCACUGUGGGAGGGAACCGAAAGGAACAAAGGAGGCAUCUGGUCAGUAGAUCCCACUGGCUCCUUUCAUCCUCACCAGGAAAGCGAGGGUUCCUGAGACUAUCAGUCUUGGGGGAAACGAGUAUAAAUGGAAUCCUGAAAAUGGAAAGGCAUAAAGGGCAGAAGAACAAGAUGGGUGGCUUGCUUCUUAGUUAAUUCACUCAAACUCUGGGCAAGGAAGGGACCUCUGUUAUAUGUUGGGGAAGGGAUUGCCUCAAUCUGUUGGCCAACUACCAUCUACAGUUUGAGCCUGCCCAAGAUCUCUGCCUGCAGCCCCUGUGUUUAUAUCCUCUCUACCUUCAGCCAAGGGUCAAGAGGUAGGGAGCCAGGUGUGCUUGCACUAGAACCAGAUGAGGUUUUGGACCUCACUGAAAACAUCCCUGCGUCAGCUAUUGAGCCCUACCUAGGAAACCAUUUUGUUCUUGGGAAAGUGAUGUCUUAACGCCCUCUCCUGCCCUUUGCCGGAUAAACAAAGAAUUGGCAUGGGAACUGGAACAAAGUGAGAGUUAGGUUUCCUGAUUCCCAGUUCAGGGCUCUUUCUAUCGUAUCCCUACUUAAUAUGACAAAAGAAGGGAAAGACAUCUGCUGGGUCUGGCUUUCCAACCUAGGGAUGGGAAUUACAAUCACUGGGGACAGUUUGUGCCGAUGGAACUUGAACCAAAAUUACCUUAGGUCAAUGAGUCAAGGCUUUUUAUGGAGUCUAGGAAAGGGCUUGACUGAAAGGAUAGGGACAAGGCACAGGGUGAGACAGGGUCAGGGGACAGGAGGCAGGACCUCUAAGAGAAUCAACACCUCCUCCUUUCAUUCCCGAAUUUCUGAACAAAUGCAUUCCUCCCUGAGGCUGCCACUCAGUUAUCCAGACUGGAGAGGGGAGCGAUCUAGUCAGUCAGGUAGAGAUGGCCACAGGACUUCUGACGCAGGAGACAGAUGAACACUGCCCUCUCGACUUUGAGAGCUCCUCCAGGAAAAAGCAUUUUGUUGUUGUUAUUGUUAUUAUUAUUGUUAUUAUUAUUGUUAUUAUUAUUGCUGUUGUCACUAUUGUUAUUUAUUAUUUGUAAUUUUCAAAUCCCCUAGUCUGGAGGACCUCUCACAACUAGCAGCCAGAUUUUCCUCUACACCCAAAUCUACCUCUGAGGCUGCCGGGAGCCCCUCACAGAGGGUCGGGGGCUCCUCACAGCUUCCAUAUGUGUUUAUUUAUUUAUUCUGACAUUUAGGGCUGGUUUCCUAGAUGUGAAUGAAGCCCAUGAUCCUCCUCUCCUUUUUGACUGCAUGUUGCAUUCUUGCAAAAUAAAGUGAAAACCCCAAAUGGUGA